AUGACGGAGACGGAAACACUGGAGGCCACAAACACCAAAAAGGUUGAAGAAGAAGAAGAUUCUGACGAUGACGAGGAUUAUCCUAGAUGGAUCCGUAGCAUUCGAAGCAAAACUGGUCUCGAGACGGCCAUUGAGAUUGAUUGGCCCAGCUCUUCUCAAACAUUGACACUGUCGACCUGUAUGGAACCAGAUGAUAUAGCUCCCAUGUUUGACGGCACCCAGUGGGCUGGAACUCGUGUUUGGAGAAGUUCCAUUGUGGCAACGCAGUACCUGCUCGCGCAUCAUCAUGAGCAGUCAGAUCAGACUCUGUUGGAAUUGGGAUGUGGCUUGGGUGUUCCUGGGAUGAUUUUGCACGCCUUGCGAGGCUGGAAGGUCGUGCUGACGGAUAAGGAUCCACUGCCCAAACAACUGGAAAACAACUCCAAAACCAACUUUGGUGAGGAGGUGUAUGGUGCUCAAAUUCAGGCACAUGAAUUGGAUUGGUCACGAGAUGGGGUACAAGAGCUCAUGAAGAAACAGUACUUUUCUUCCCAACAAUUUGAUUUCGUGGUCAACUGCGAUUGCGUCUAUGAACCUCUCUACGGUGAAUCAUGGAAGUUACUGGUUGAAACCAUGGACGAGCUGCUACGGAUAAACCCCCAAACUGUCAUGAUUACAAGCUUGGAACGACGCAAAGCGGAUGGUGUGGACAAAUUUUUGAAAGCCUUGGAGCAAUCGGAUCAUAUAUCCAAAGUGGAACGCCUGGAUUUUGAAACGGAUUGGCCCGAAGUCCAACUGUACAGAGUAUAUGGUUGCCUGUAG